UCAAACAUAACCUUCUUGUUUUUCUCGAAAUAUAUAGAUUGGUCUCAAGGAUGGGAUUUCGCCCUCUAUAAUAACAAAACGUGUGAUACGGCAUGAUCAGCACGAUGUCGUCGUGGAUAUCCCGAGCGACGUCGUCUCAUCGUGCUCAAUUGAUCACAACAGCCAUUGUAUCCGGUGUGGUGGUUGGAGGUGCAAUUCUUGGAGCUCAAGAGGUGCGGCGACAGUAUAGGGUAGCCAAGCUGAAGGACUCAAUACCUGAGCCAGGCGAAGAGGACCAAACUCCAACAAGACUCACUGAAUUCGGAGCAGCCUCCCAAGUUUUUGCUCCUAGCAAGGAAGAUGAGCGGAGUAUGGAGCUCGCUGCUCGAGCUCGGCGAGGAGACUAUGAUGAUGACCUUAUUCUCGAACAACUAGCCAGAAACAGAGUUUUUCUGAAGGAUGAUGGACUAGAGAAACUCCGUUCUGCAUUCGUAAUUGUCGUCGGCUGCGGCGGAGUGGGUUCCCAUGCCACAGCAGCACUGGCUCGGUCCGGAGUAUCCAAACUUCGGCUCAUCGACUUCGACCAAGUAACCCUUUCUUCCCUCAACCGUCACGCAGUGGCUACGUUGGCAGAUGUAGGGACUCCAAAAGUCCAUUGCAUCAGACGCCGUCUCGAGCAAAUCACUCCUUGGACGCACUUCGACUGCAGAAACGAGCUUUUCAGCGAAUCCACAGCAGACCUACAGCUAGCACCCAUGAACGGCCAGGCUCCGGAUUUUGUCAUCGAUGCCAUAGAUAACAUUGACAGUAAAGUUGCACUACUGCACUACUGCCACAAGAACAAAAUCCCUGUAAUAUCUUCCAUGGGCGCUGGUUGCAAGUCCGAUCCUACCAAGAUAUUCAUUGGCGACAUCUCCAACAGUACCGAUGAUCCGCUAUCCAAGUCCACAAGGAGACGACUCCGUCUUCUUGGAGUCAAGGAUGGCAUUCCCGUCGUAUAUUCUACGGAGAAACCAGGACCAGGAAAGGCCGAGCUUCUUCCUCUACCCGAAGAAGAGUUUGCCAAAGGAAGCGUUGGAGAGCUCGGUGUGCUGCCAGAUUUCAGAGUCCGAAUUUUACCUGUUUUGGGCACUAUGCCAGCUAUCUUCGGGCUCUGUGUGGCGAACCACGUCAUUCUGGAGAUAACCGGGUAUCCGCAUCAGUACCUGCCAUCGAAGUCACGAGAUGCCAUGUACAACGGCAUUCUGGGCGCACUCCAAGGCUCGGAAGAGAGGAUUGCAAGGACCAGAGGGUUCGACUCACAGGGUCUCAAGAUCCCUAUCACGCAAGACGAUGUCGGGUAUCUGAUUGAAGAGGUGUAUAAUGGACGAAGCGUCAUUAGCGGAUUAUUCACCCGACUUUGCCUGGUUAGGUGGGAGAGACCGGGUGAAGACUUUAUCGACAACCGCACACCGGGACAGAAAAAUACGCUGCUUCAGAUGAAGGACUUGGUGUGCAUGACGAAGGAGGAGGCCGCUAAGCAUGAGAAGGAGGUACUUAAGGGGGACAAGUCGCCGGAGGCGUUAUAUGACGCUAAGAUCGUGGACUUGGUCAAGCUGAAGAUGAAGGAAGAGGAGAAGUUUGAAAGGUUUCGGUAAUGUACCAUAUUCACUUGAUCAAUGUAUAGACUUCAAUGUACACCGUCUACAUGGUCUUCAUUUAUACAUGCAAUCAGUUGCGAGAUUGGCUUUAUCAGGGCCUCUGUCGCC